UAUGUCCCCCUUAUAAUUUUAUAGAAGCUGUAAGAGAAUUGUUCUAAUAUGUGGUGCAACCGUUGUAUAGGUAAAAUUGUUCGUAAAUGUUUACAUGAUAUAAGAAUUCUUGCCUGACUGCCUCAACCUCAGCAGUAUCCUCCCAUUGAGGGUUGUUCUACGUUUAAUCAAGCUCUUCUUUCUAUAUACAUUUUUCCUUGAUAUUCUAAAUUUCUAAUUUGUCUUAAAUAAACUCUGUUUCUUAGUUUGAACCUUAUUUUAAUAUAAUUAAGUGUGGGAUCCAUUCAACUCUUAGACUAUAAUACAGUCCCUAUUUAAUUAAGUACUAUAAAUAUAUGUUACCCAGGCCCAUUUUGCUUCUAUAUCAUAUCCCUGUUACUUUUUCCAUCAACUUCAUCAUCUGUCCUGCUAUAGACUUCUCUUUUUUCUUUUUUUUUUUUUUCUUUAUCAAAGGUUAAGCUCCUAUAAGCAUGGGUGGAACUGGGAGUUCACCUUGUGCCUCAUGCAAGUUGUUGAGACGCCGUUGCGCAAAAGAUUGCAUCUUUGCUCCUUACUUCCCUCCUGAUGAUCCUCAAAGGUUUGCCCUUGUCCAUAAGGUCUUCGGCGCAAGCAAUGUCAGCAAAAUGUUGCAGGAACUCCCAGUUGAGCAGAGAGCAGAUGCAGUGAGCAGUUUGGUCUACGAAGCAAAUGCAAGGGUUAGGGACCCAGUUUACGGGUGUGUAGGUGCAAUUUCAUUCCUACAAAACCAAGUUUCACAGCUACAAAUGCAACUAGCAAUGGCUCAAGCAGAAAUAUUAAGCAUCCAAAUGCAUCAAGACCCGACGACAACAUUACUUCAAAAUCAGAUAGAAUUUCCAGAUGAUAAAUCGCUUCUAUUAGCAACUAGUAACAGCUUCAGUAAUCUCCAGCAGUACCUUAAUGAUUUUGCUGCUUCUACUGGCAAUGUAAUUCAGGACCCUCUGAAAAGAGAGUCCCUAUGGACAUAAAUUUAAUUUCCCCCAUUUUCUUGCAAUCAAAAAAUUAAGUGCAUUAGAAGUACUUGUUAAAAGUCUAGCUAUUUCUUUUAUCUUUUCCCCAAAUCUUUUUCUUUUUUAAUCUUUUUUUUUUUUAAUUAUUAUUUUUUGUUGUUGUUGUUGUGUGAAGUAGGGCGAUCCUUUGACUUUUUCUCGUGCCUUAACAUCUUCCUAAAGGCAGGCAAACGUGCAUACAACGUAUAAUCAAAGGAUUAAUGAAAUCAAUUAAAAUAGUAUUAAGAUAACAAAAAAUGUAAUUAUAAAAAAGUGCAGGCGUUGAAGUUGGUUUGAAAGGGAAAGUGUGCAAGUUAGAACAUAUGAAUGCAGGAUUUAUUAUAAGAGUCAACAUUAAGCAAUUGGAUGUGGACUGAUUGUAGAGUAACAUGGCUUUUAUAGGAAUUUUCCAUGUAAUGUAGAAUUAGUAAGAGUCAAUGAGUCAUCGAAUUCUCCAUCUCCACUAUUUAAAAAUUUAAGUGAAGCUCAUGGCUAAGCCGGCUGUUUCUUUACGUGUUAAGUUCACAUGCUCUCCUUUACUAAUAUACUAGAGGUGGCCACCGAGCCGGAUUAGCCCAACCUAAUCGAUCCAUCCAAGUUACGAGUUCAGUCCUGGUCAAGGCUCGGGCCAAGAUCAGCUUGGAAUAGUCAACGGUCAAAGAAUUAAUAGCUUG